AUGGAUCCUGAGGAUCGGGUUUGGACCACAGCUGAGACGCACACUCUUCUGGAUCUCAUCCAGGAUGGGGGCUUCAUUCCAGGGCUGGUUGUGAGAGAUUACUCCAUCUGGGCUGUUUUCGAACGACUCAGUGUCCUACUCAACCGCUGCAACAUCAAAGUCAGCAAGGAGCAAGUGAAGGCACACUGGCGGCGUCUCAAGGGGAACUUCUGGAAACGGAAGAGGAUGGUGGAUGACGGUCAAGCUCCUGCACUCACUGGGGAUUUCCCAUUCUAUGAGGAGAUGGAGCAACUGCUGACAUCACAGAAACCGGCCAAAGUCCGCAAGAGGGAGGCCGACAGUAGCGGGCUGGAAGCUCCUUCAAUGCUGGAUUCUGAAGGCCUGGUCCUGUCAACAAGCUCCAGGGAGGAAGCAGUGGAAGAAGUGCAGAAUGGUGCUAGGCCCAAUGUCAGCGGGGAGGUUCCUGGAAGAGGUUUGCAUUCGCCUCCAAAUCUACAGUGGUGUGUGCACACACUCAAUACUACAAUCCAGAAUCUUCAGGAUUUCUCACAACGGCUGCAGGAUAGUGUCCAAGAUGUCUUGAGGCUUAUGGAACAGGUGAAUCACAUGUCUUCCUUCUGA